AUGGCGAUGUCAAAAUCUAUUAAUCUUGGAGAAACGCAAAUUCCUUGUGUAUGUCAUUUGUGUGAAGAUGAAAGACAAAUUAGAUGGAAAUGCCAAGAUUGUUCUCUUCUCAUGUGUGAUCAAUGCAAAAGAAAAGUACAUGUGAAAUUCAAAGCCGCUGACGAACAUAAUGUAAUCAUGGUAGCUGAUAUAGGGAAGGAUACUUCGUUUCAGCCAAAUCUCUUUGUUUUAUGCGAUAAACACCCUGAACAAAAGAUUUGCAUAUUUUGUAAGAAGUGUAAUCAGUUGGUCUGUCUUGUCUGUAUAUCCGAGAAACAUAAAGAUCAUUAUUUAGAGAGUUUAAUAGUCACGUAUGAGGAAAAAUUGCAAAGUUUAAAAUACUUCCAUGACAAACUAAAAGAGGAUUUGAAUUUUCAUUCCACAUGCGAAAAUGUAAUUAGUCACAAGACAAAAUCGAAUCCAAGUCAUUACGAAAAUGUCAGGAAAUCAAUCCUAGAUCAAGAGGAAAGGUUAAAGAACGCAAUUGGGAAUGAAACUCAAUCUAGACUUGCUAUUCUCGGAGAACAAAUUAAAGAAAUGAACAUUGCGACAAUAAGGGCACAAAACACAAACGUCAACGCACAAAAAGAAGUAAGUUCAAAGAUGGAAUCAGUCAAUUUAGCUAUAAACUCAGGUUGUUUAAAAACUAUUAUUGACAAAGAACAGUCUAUUAAGUCUUGGACAGAAACCGUAAAGACAAACAGAGUUAUUGAUAUCAGUGCGAUUAAAUUAAAUUGUGGUUCUAUUGACCAAACUCAAAUUUCGGAAAUGUUUGGGUCUUUAGAAGAAGUUUCGGACACUGUACGAUUUAAAGUUCUUCAUUCUUACAGAAGUAAAGCCAUUUUCAAUAAUAUGCUCCCUUGCAAAGAUGGGUCAGUUUGGGUGAGUGAUAAAUACUCAUGCUUGAGGAAUAUGGAAUUGGGAAACGAAAUCCAGCAACGACAAGAGUUUAAGGACAUACACGUUGAAGAGAUGCUCGAAAAUGAUAAAGGCCACGUAAUUUUAUCCGUUUCUGGUCAAUCAAAACUUGUAACAUUGGCAGAUGACGGCACAUUCAAUGACUUUUUAGAUUUAUCGCCAUUAAUUUCUCGACCACUCCAUAUAUCAAACUCUGGUAAGAUAGUUGUUGGUAUUUGUGAAGAAAUUUCGUACGAACUUUCAGAAAAUAGUGUAAGGCAAAUUAUCAUCAUUGACACGAGUGGUAAAAAAUGGCAUACAUUUGAAUUUGAUGAUGACCAUCAACGAAUUUUAACUUAUGCCCUUAAAGCAACAAUUAAUGUCAACAAUGAUUUGUAUGUGAUUGACAAGACGUCUGAAUACCAACAUGGCCGUCUUCUGUCACUUGCUUAUCCAAAUAAGGUUACGUGGGUGUAUACUGGAAAUAAAAGUAUAAAUUCAAAACAUCAAUUUAAACCAAAUAGUCUUGCUGUAACUGCGACAGGAAACAUUGUUUUGUUGGACUUCGAAACUAGAGUUCUACAUAUUUUAGAUAUAACAGGCGCUUUAAAAACUUUUGUAUCUUUAUUAAACUAUGACGUGGUCAGACCCGAGUCUAUGUGUAUUGACGUCCGCGGGAGAAUGUGGAUAAGCUGUGGAGGAUUGUCUUCAGAUUCUUAUAUGACUAUUCUAACUAACAUAUUUCAAGGAAUUCUGGUCGUCAUGUCUUUUACUGGGUUUUGAAAUUAAAGAUAAAAUUAA